AGUCGAGUUCAGGUUUAGACAUCUGUAGUCUGGGUAGGCUAACUGCUGCUGGACAAAUGACUUAAAAUAGGAAUGGCUGAACACAGUAGAGUUUUCUUUUCUUGUUCACAAAACAGUUCAAUGUGGGUCUUCAGUGGAAAUGUUUUAUACAUUUAUUCAUGAAUCUAAGCCCUUUCUACUUUUGAUCUGCCAGGCUCCAUGGCUUCAUCUCAUUGUGUGGGAAGCUGGGAAAUGAUUAGCUGGCUGCUUGAGGUGAAGAGAAUUUGGGGAACAACUAGCCAGUCUCUCCAGCUGUACCUUAUUUGGGGGUGCCCUUUAGAUAUCUGGAAGAUAAAGAGUUGCUGUAAGAGCCUGGCUCCCAGGUCUGAGCUUGAGAUACACUUUUGGAAAUGGAAGACAUAUGGAUGGUAUUUAAAAUCACAUGAAGAGAGAAUAGAAUGAGGUUUAGGACAGAGGUCUCUACUAUUGACUUUUCAACAUUUGGAGGUUUUAACAAAGGAGGAGCAGCUAGUAAUAGCUCCAACAGCUUUCUCUUCCACCUCUGUUCAUAUUCCUCACGCACCAUGACUGCUCUCAUUUCGCUCUCUUCUAGAUUUUCCCUAACAUCAUCCCCUGCCCUUAGCAGAUGACCAUGGGUCCCCUCCUUUCCAUAUCCCUAAAAAUCCCAAACAGCAGUCUAGCCAGACUCAUUCCUGGCUAGCUUGAACGUGGUCAGAAAUGUUUUGCUGCGCAUCAGUGGAAGUUCACAGGGACUGUCCAACUACACUAUGUUUCUUAAAUUCUCUUCUAGUUAGGUUGGCUCUUGUGAGUGAGUUCUCCCUAAUGGAAUGUAAACGAAAGUGAGGUGUGCUCUCUCCAGACCUGACCUGUGCAACUGCCUGCUCUUGCCUUUCGCGCUGCUCGCAAGCUGGAGUGGUGAUGACCAGGGUGACCUUGGGUGGCAGACCUACUGUCAGCCUGGGUCCCUGCAUGGAAGAGAGCUUCUUGCUAACCUGGACUAGCUUCUGCAGAAAAGUCCCAUGAGCGAGAAAGAGAGAGAGAGAGAAAGCACAAGUACACAACCAGGGGGAGAAGCAGGCUCCCCGCCGAGCAAAGAGCCUGAAUGGGACUCCAUCCCAAGACUCUGGGAUCAUGACCUGAGCUGAAGGCAGACACUUAUCCGACUGAAGCGCCCAGGCGAGGAAGUGAACAGGAAGAGCAACCUUCCUAAGCUCACUCAGAGACUGAGCGGCAAAGCGACCAGCCAUUGACUCGUCCAUGCCUGAGGUGACUCCGAUUCCCUGGGUAGCCACUUCCAUAAGGAGGAAUUCUUUCCAAGAGUGGCCGCACCAGCUUGUGUUCCCACCCGCAGUGUAGGAGGCUCCCCUUUCUCCACAACCUGUAAGUCCCUGACUGAGAUGAGAAAGUCACAAUCCCCAUCUGCAAGAAGUUCACAGUCUACUGGGGAGUAGACGUGCCCCCAAAUCAUUCCUGUAUACCGAGCUACUAGAAACAGAAUUUUCUGAAAGUAACAAGAAGAGGAAGCCUGAGUCUGUGCCGAAGCGUUCAGGGAGCAGAGAUGUAUUGAGAGGUGAUGAGGGAAGGCACAGAGAAUGUGAGGCCAGGCAGUGUGCAGACCCGGGUUCUCCACAUCGGCAGGACUCGUGGAGAACGUCGUCCAGCAAGAGGCCAUGCCAACCCGAGUUGUAAGAGUUCUCCUUGAAGUCGUUCAUCGGCUCCCCCGGCCACUCCGGCUCCACGUCCAUGAGCCCAUCGGCAGCCUUGUCCACAGGGAAGCCGAUGGACAGCCACCCCAGCUACACGGACACCCCAGUGAGUGCCCCACGGACUCUGAGUGCAGUGGGGCCCCCCCUCAAUGCCCUGGGUUCUCCAUAUCGAGUCAUCACGUCGGCCAUGGGCCCUCCCUCAGGUGCACUGCCUGCACCUCCAGGAAUCAAUCUGGUCGCUCCGCCCAGCUCCCAGCUAAAUGUGGUCAACAGCGUCAGCAUUUCAGAGGACAUCAAACCCUUACCGGGGCUUCCUGGGAUUGGAAACAUGAACUACCCAUCAGCCAGCCCCGGAUCUCUGGUGAAACACAUCUGUGCCAUCUGUGGGGAUAGAUCCUCAGGGAAGCACUAUGGCGUGUACAGUUGCGAAGGCUGCAAAGGGUUCUUCAAGAGAACCAUAAGGAAAGACCUCAUGUACACGUGUCGCGAUAAUAAAGACUGUCUCAUUGACAAGCGCCAGAGGAACCGGUGUCAGUACUGCCGCUACCAGAAGUGCCUGGUGAUGGGCAUGAAGAGGGAAGCUGUGCAAGAAGAAAGGCAGAGGAGUCGGGAGCGUGCUGAGAGUGAGGCAGAAUGUGCCAGUGGUGGCCAUGAAGACAUGCCUGUGGAGAGGAUUCUAGAAGCUGAACUUGCUGUUGAACCAAAGACAGAAUCCUAUGGCGAUAUGAACAUGGAGAACUCGACGAAUGACCCUGUCACCAACAUAUGCCACGCUGCUGAUAAGCAGCUUUUCACCCUCGUUGAAUGGGCCAAGCGCAUCCCCCACUUCUCCGACCUCACCUUGGAGGACCAGGUCAUUCUGCUCCGGGCAGGGUGGAACGAGCUGCUGAUUGCCUCCUUCUCCCACCGCUCCGUCUCGGUGCAGGACGGCAUCCUCCUGGCCACCGGUUUGCACGUGCACCGGAGCAGCGCCCACAGCGCCGGAGUCGGCUCCAUCUUUGACAGGGUCCUGACUGAGCUGGUCUCCAAAAUGAAAGACAUGCAGAUGGACAAGUCGGAGUUGGGGUGCCUGCGAGCCAUCGUGCUGUUUAACCCAGAUGCGAAGGGGCUAUCCAACCCCUCGGAGGUAGAGACUCUGCGGGAGAAGGUGUAUGCCACCCUCGAGGCCUACACAAAGCAGAAGUAUCCGGAACAACCUGGCAGGUUUGCCAAGCUGCUGCUCCGCCUCCCAGCCCUGCGCUCCAUCGGCCUGAAGUGCCUGGAGCACCUGUUCUUCUUCAAGCUCAUCGGGGACACGCCCAUUGACACCUUCCUCAUGGAGAUGUUGGAGACCCCGCUGCAGAUCACCUGACCCCGGCCGCAGCCUCCCCACCCAGGACCAACCCUGGGCAGGUGUGUGUGGACCCCCAUCCUGCACACGUUCCUCCGCUUCCCACCCUGACCCCUUCCUGUUCCCACAAUGUGAUGCUUACAAUAAAGAAACCUUUCUACGUCUGCGACU